UGGCGGCGGCGGCGGCGGCGGCGGCGGCCCGGGCUCGGGCUGUCGGGGAAGCUGCUGAGCUGUGAUGGUGAUGACGAGGUGAAAAUGGCGGAUCUUUCGAAAUACAAUCCCGGCCCCUGACAUACCAGAGGCGGCGGCGGCGGCGGCGUCGCCACCCGGGCUCCCUCCUCGGCCCCCGGGUCCCCUGUAGCGCUCGAGUUCGGGCAGACUGGGAAAGGAAGCGGCUGGCCGGAGCUACCGUGCACAGGCAAAACAAGCACCGCCCGGGCUCGGAAUUGCCCGGGACCUUCUGGAGCCCCCACCUCGGAGCCGGAGGGAGGAGAAAGCGGCAGCCGCUGGAGCGCCUGAUCAACUUUCUAGCUGGAGAACGAUCAUGGAGGUGGUGCCAGCUGAGGUGAAUAGUUUGCUUCCAGAGGAGAUAAUGGACACUGGUAUAACUUUAGUGGAUGAUGAUAGUAUUGAGGCUGUUAUUGUUUCAUCCCCAAUUCCCAUGGAGACAGAACUGGAAGAAAUUGUCAACAUAAAUUCUACUGGUGACUCUACAGCCACGCCCAUUUCCACGGAACCAAUCACAGUGUACAGUAACCACACUAACCAAGUUGCAGUGAAUACCACAAUUACUAAAGCAGAUUCUAAUACCACAGUGAAACCAGCUUUUCCAAGUGGCCUUCAAAAACUUGGUGCUCAGACUCCUGUGACUAUAUCAGCCAAUCAGAUUAUUUUAAACAAAGUAUCACAGACAUCAGAUCUUAAACUUGGCAAUCAGACCCUUAAACCAGAUGGACAGAAGUUAAUUUUAACAACUUUGGGCAAGUCUGGUUCACCAAUUGUUUUAGCACUACCCCAUAGCCAACUACCCCAGGCUCAGAAAGUUACAACUCAGGCCCAGUCAGGAGAUGCUAAGUUACCACCGCAGCAAAUUAAAGUAGUUACCAUUGGAGGGAGGCCAGAGGUGAAACCUGUCAUUGGUGUCUCAGCAUUGACCCCAGGAAGUCAACUGAUUAAUACAACAACUCAGCCCUCUGUGUUACAGACCCAACAGUUAAAAACAGUACAGAUUGCUAAGAAGCCUCGAACACCAACCUCUGGUCCAGUAAUCACGAAGCUGAUCUUUGCAAAACCAAUUAAUAGUAAAGCAGUUACAGGACAGACAACUCAAGUAUCACCACCAGUCAUUGCAGGUAGGGUUCUUUCACAGUCUACUCCCGGGACUCCAUCAAAGACCAUAACAAUAUCUGAAAGUGGUGUUAUUGGAUCAACUUUAAAUUCUACAACACAGACACCAAAUAAAAUAGCCAUCUCACCUUUGAAAUCGCCAAAUAAGGCAGUGAAAUCAGCUGUGCAGACCAUCACUGUUGGAGGCGUGAGCACAUCACAGUUUAAGACAAUUAUUCCUCUGGCAACUGCUCCCAAUGUCCAGCAGAUUCAAGUGCCUGGAAGCAAGUUUCAUUAUGUCCGACUUGUUACUGCCACAACAGCCAGUAGCUCCACCCAGCCAGUUAGUCAGAAUCCCAGUACAAACACUCAACCUCUCCAGCAAGCAAAGCCAGUGGUUGUUAAUACCACUCCCGUGCGGAUGUCAGUUCCUCUUGUCUCCGCGCAGACUGUCAAACAGGUUGUUCCCAAACCGAUCAAUCCCACUUCACAAAUAGUUACCACCAGCCAGCCACAGCAGCGGCUCAUCAUGCCUGCCACACCACUGCCACAGAUCCAGCCAAACCUCACUAACCUGCCACCAGGCACUGUGCUGGCCCCGGCUCCGGGGACAGGGAAUGUGGGCUACGCAGUGCUUCCAGCUCAGUAUGUUACUCAGCUACAGCAGUCUUCAUAUGUGUCUAUAGCAAGCAACUCAAACUUCACCGGAACACCUGGUAUCCAGACCCAGGCAAGGCUUCCAUUCAAUGGCAUAAUACCAUCAGAGUCUGCCAGUCGGCCCAGGAAGCCCUGUAAUUGUACAAAAUCGUUGUGUUUGAAAUUAUAUUGUGAUUGCUUUGCAAAUGGUGAAUUUUGCAACAACUGCAACUGUACUAAUUGUUAUAAUAAUUUGGAACAUGAAAAUGAAAGGCAAAAAGCAAUAAAGGCAUGCCUUGACAGAAAUCCAGAAGCUUUUAAACCUAAGAUAGGGAAAGGAAAGGAGGGAGAAUCAGAUCGACGUCACAGCAAAGGAUGUAAUUGCAAACGAUCAGGAUGUCUUAAAAACUACUGUGAAUGCUAUGAGGCAAAAAUAAUGUGUUCCUCAAUAUGCAAAUGUGUUGGCUGUAAGAAUUUUGAAGAAAGCCCAGAACGAAAGACACUGAUGCACUUGGCAGACGCAGCUGAAGUAAGGGUACAGCAACAGACGGCAGCGAAAACUAAGUUAUCUUCUCAAAUUUCGGACUUGCUUACUAGGCCAACACCGGCUUUGAAUAGUGGAGGAGGAAAAUUGCCAUUUACAUUUGUAACUAAGGAAGUAGCGGAAGCCACAUGUAAUUGCCUUCUUGCCCAGGCAGAGCAGGCAGACAAGAAGGGAAAAUCAAAGGCAGCAGCCGAACGGAUGAUACUGGAGGAAUUCGGACGAUGUUUGAUGAGCGUCAUCAAUUCUGCAGGCAAAGCAAAAAGUGACCCUUGUGCCAUGAAUUGCUAACUCUUGCACAAAAGACUGAUAAAUGGAACUGUACAGAAAAUUGAAGGUCCAGGGACACUUGAUUUUCUGGAAGAUAAUUUAACAAUGAUUGUACUGUUAAUUCAGUCCUUGUGUGACCUGAAGUUAUAAUAUUGAAAGAAGAAAUUUUAAGUGAGGAAAUUAGUACAUUUUAAAUCUUAGUUAAAUCUGUUUAUGCCCCUUCUAAAUUGAGUUUUUCUUUAUUGUAUUAUAUAGAUUUUUAAUUUGCAUGGGUUUCUUAAGAAUUAGAUGUUCUAUCCAUCUGAUGCUGUUGACAAAGGACAUUUAUAAAUUAAUAUAAUUUAUAAUGUAUGGCGUUGUAGGACUUUGCUCCAGUAGAAAAAGCCAGAGAACCAUUGGUAUUACCCAGUCAUUCUUUGGCACUAGACCUAAGCAGAUAGAAUGUCUACAUAAACAAAUUCUUAUGAAACAUAUUCAAAUGACAUUUUUGUGUUUAGAAAAGCACUACCUUUUUAAGAAAAAACUUUUUAGCACAGAUUCUGGAAUAAUAUCGUGUUGUCACUUUGGGAAUGUCAGAAGGGGAAGGAAUCCAUAGGCAUACUUUUAAAAUUAAGAAGUUGUUUUUUAAGAAAAACUGUUAAGGGACAGGCAGUAGUUCUUGAUAGGCAAGGUGUUUCUCUAAGAAAGAGUGACUAAGAAAUGCUCUGGGAUGUUUCCAUUUUCUUUGAAGGAGGUGCUGUGUAUUUGAAAUGAUAUUAAUAAAUUGUCAAAGUGAUUACUGGGUACUAUUAAAAGUGAGAGGUGCAUAUGAAUAGAACUUAUUAUGUAGUGAUAGUACAGAAACUUACAUAAUCAUCAGGUAUAAAAUUUGACUUGGAGAAAUAAAGAACAUUGAAGCUCUAAUAAAUGAAUUGAGGGAAAGACUUUUCAUCUAUACAAUUCUCUUUAUAGACUUUUGAACUAAGAGGUCUCAAUCCAGUGUAGGAGUCUUAUUUGAUUUACUGAAAGGGCCUCCUAACAAAGCUUUCAAAAUUAUAGUGGGACUUCUUUUUAUAAGGGAAGCUUAAAAUGGCAUUAUUUUUAGCCAGUGAUUUGAUAAGCUGAAGGUAUGAGUGUUUUCUUAUUAUUACUGAAAUAACCUAAAUCAUUUUCACAAAUUCAAAAUUCAAGAGCUUUAUGAAUUUAAGAGCCUGUACGAGGACUCUGGAUUUUAUGACAAGAAAAACCAUGUUGGAAUUCAGGCAUUUUGUUAGGUACCUUAAUCCUCAGUAAUUAUUAGUAUAUGAUUAUUACAUUUCCUACAAGGAAUCUAUAGUUGUAUGUAUUAAGUGUGUAUAUAUGUUCAUAUGAACAUGCAAGAUAUAGGCAAUAGAAAUUAAGUAAUCCAAAAGAAGAUUCCGUUAUUCAUUGAAGUAUCUUCCUUUUGAAAUUUGGAUUUAUAAAAUUAUAGUGCAGUAACUUUAAAUGUAGAUAGUGCAAACAUUCUUAGCACCUCAAUCUAGUAUGUUUAAUUAAAAUUUGUAUAAAUGUAAAUUAGUGUAAGAGGAUAAAAUAUCUAAUCAAGUUAUUUUUCAAAAGAUUACAAUACCUUUUUGGUCUAAACCUAAACUUUGUUCAUUUUGUACAUAUUCUGUGUUUAAUUCUAAUUGCACCUUUGUGAUGUGUAUUUAUAUACAGUGUGCAGAAAAUGUUUGUGAAAUUUGGAUUACAAUUGUAGAUUAUGUAUGACGGCAUUGCUUGAGAAUGUUUUGCUUGUAAAAACUUGAAGGUGCAAUCAAAUGCUACUAGUUUUUCUGAUUUUCAAGAAGCUAUCUAAAGUAUUAAGACUUUCCUUCCUGUGUAGUACUUACUAAGCAACUUUUUGUAUUUAGGCAUUUGCAUCAAAUUGCUGAACAAGAUUAAUAUCCACAUUAAUUCAACAAUUUUAAAAGACUAUUUGGGGAGGGUUGGGUAUAUAAUUUUUUUAGCUCUAUUUACAUCCCAAAGUAGAAAGAUUAAAUUUAUAUUUACUAGAGCUAUUCGAAGAAUACACUUUUCUAUAUUGUAAAAACAGGACAGCAAAGUAAAUCAUACAGAAAAUAAACAUUUAUACUAUUCUGUAAAAAAAAAAAAAAAAGUUUGUUUUUUUUCUUUAAGAACACCACUUUUAACCAUUUAAUGUACCAGAAAAGAAACUUAAAAUAUCUGAUUUUAAGUAAAUUUGACAUUACUUCUGAAAGCACACAAAUAAUAAGUAUAAUUUUGCCCAAUUAUCAUUAACCCAAAAUUGCUUUGAAAUGAAAAUAGGCCUUUUUUCCACUGUGUAAGGGCAGAAACUCAGUCUACUCUUUCCUUUCUUUUUUGAUGUUUUUCUUUCUUUUUUAAUGUUUGAUGUUUUUAUGGUGAGCACCUUUCUCAGUUUCCUUUUCUUUCAAGAACAAAAAGCAACCUGUAGGUCUUAUCUGGGAAACAAAACCUUAAUGUUGCAGGUAAUAAAACAAGCAGAGCAGCGACUUUAGGGAGAGACUACUGCUUUAGCUUCCCAGUUCUUGGAUUCAGACAACUAACAUUUUCUAAAUCUUAUGUCAAAUGUGAAUAAAAAAAAUCUUUAGAAAAGUU